AUGGCUAGCACAGGUGAGAUCGCAGGGGUUGUUGCGGGAGGAGUCGUCUUAUUCGCUGCUAUCAGUUUGAUCCCUAUUGCCCGGAAUUACUGGAAUCGGACAAAUGAAGACAAGAUCCACAACCUGAGAUCGACAACUGACCAAACUUGGAACGACAGCAUCGUCAUGUGGCAGCACCGCAGGAGAGCUGCUGCAAGAAGAGCCAGCGAACUCGAAGCACUCCGAGAGCAUGGCUGCAUGCAACAGGUCGGCGUGGAGAGAUGGCUGGAAGGGCAACGGGGGAAUACCGUUGCGUGCAGCCGGAGCAGCGAUAACAAUGUCCACGAUUUUGGACGGUACGCGCAAGAACCGUGUUCCAUCUGCCUCUCGACCCUGCUACCCUCGUCGUCGUCGCAAUCCUCGCUUCCCUCUUCGGAUCCAGAGCGUCCUCCACAAGGCACAUCUGGUCUUGACCCUGCCGCGGAGGCACCCACGCGGGAUUGGAAUCUGCUCAUUCUCAAUCGCUGUGGCCAUGCGUUUCAUUAUUCCUGUCUUGCGUCAUGGUGGGAAUACCGUCCGUACAGGUGCCCAGUAUGUCAAGCAUCGUACGCCCCGGAGGAAUGA